UCUCGGCCUAAAUUUAUAACAACAUCACUGAACGUUCAGCUUCAUUCAAACCAGUUCAUGAUUAGCUUGAGAACAGUUGAGUUAUCUAUUACAUAUGUGCCUGUGGCUUUUAACAGCUUGUUUAGGGCUUUUGCCUUCUAGCCCAGUUAUAGUUGUACCAGGUGUACCAACACCUAUUAUACAACCUACAACUGCACCGACUACUGCUGUUACGAAUGCUACGACCACCACUGCGCGGCCAACAAUGGCCCCAACAGCAGCGCCCACACCUGCGCCAACAACAGCCCCCACACCGGCGCCAACAACAGCCCCCACACCGGCGCCAACAACAGCCCCCACACCGGCGCCAACUACAGCUCCCACACCGGCGCCAACAACAGCCCCUACACCGGCGCCAACAACAGCUCCAACACCUGCGCCCACAACAGCUACUACAGCAGCUCCAACCCCACCGCCAACAAUGCCACCUACAGCAAUGACAACAAGAAAUGGCUCGUUCCCGAUUGACCCACGGCUUGGCACGACACCAUCAGCAGCCCUGCAAUCGGCGCAACCUAUAAUGGGUUACAGUGGCCAAAUAUCAUCUUUAGACUCCGCAGUCAGAUUUCCAAGAGAACGUAGAAGCGUAAACCGUAAAAUAAUGACAGUAAAAGAAUCGUUUAAAAAGCUAAAUUAUAUAGAUCCUCCUAAGCAUCAAAUUCGUAAGAGGCAAAGUUGUCGUUGUGUACCCGCUGGAACUUGUGCAUCAGGGGGGGCUGGUAUGAUCGACUUCAGGAUUGUAACCCCCGUGAAUGCGUGUCCUGCUGGCCAAGUGUAUUGCUGUGGCGACACGACUGCAGUUACAGUACGUUGUGGAGUCGUACAAGCUGCUCCAUCAACUGGUGUCACUCCAGCAGCGGGGGAAGCAAAUUUUGGGGAAUAUCCCUGGCAGGCAUUGGUUCUUACAAAACAGAAUGAUUAUAUUGCUGGUGGUGUGCUUAUAGAUCAAUUGAAUGUACUGACGGUGACACAUAGAAUGAUGCCGUAUGUUGUUUCAGGUACAGCACCUAAUGUGAAAGUGAGGUUGGGAGAAUGGGACGCUGCAGGGACAAAUGAACCAGUUCCUUUCCAAGAGUAUAAUGUAGCUAAAGUUUUCAGUCACCCCUCUUACAACGCCAAUACUCUACAAUACGAUAUAAUGGUAAUAAGAUUGUCUUCUUCUGUACCACUGACACCAAUGACGGGUUCAACGACUACAAUCAACAGAGCAUGUCUACCUCCAUCCUCGACUGCAACGUACACAGGACUUACAUGCUGGGUAUCAGGAUGGGGAAAAAAUAUGUUUGGAUUACAAGGACAAUACCAAAACAUAUUAAAGAAAGUGGAUGUACCUAUAGUGGCACCAGCAACUUGCCAGAGUCAGUUACAGGCAGCUCGUCUUGGGCCCACUUACGUACUGGAUACUACCUCUUUUAUCUGUGCUGGCGGCGAAAGCAGUAAGGAUUCUUGCACGGGUGACGGAGGAUCAGGUUUAGUCUGUUCUAUUAAUGGGCAAUGGAUUGUAGUAGGUUUAGUGGCAUGGGGUCUCGGCUGUGCUUCCGCAAAUGUACCAGCGGCUUACGUGAAUGUUGCUGCCCUACUGCCUUGGAUACAACAGCAAGUUGCCACUGCGUAGUCGUAAUAUUUAUAGUGAAUAUCGAAGCCUCAACAGACGACUUUAUAUUUUAAAAAUUGUAUGUAUUGUGAUUAAAACAAUAAUUAAGUGAAGCCUAACAUAAUAAUUUAUUAAUUUAACAAUUUAUACAAAUAGUUGUGUAAAUAUUAUAAAACAUACGGUCCCUAACCAACAUAAACAAUUAAUACUAUCUAUUUGAUUAUUUAGCGUUCUAAACGCUUAACUUUAUGGAAUUUAACUUUAAUGUAACUAACUAGAGCAUAGUUUGUAGGACGUAAUCUAGUAUUGCAGUAGGAACGGAUCCCACGACGGACGAUAGCGUAGCUUCCAAUCAGUCUUCGUCUGUUUUCUCUUGUUUUAUCAUUGGAGUAGGAGACGUUGCUGGCUCAGAUUGUUUCGGAGGCGGCGAUGAUACUUCUAUAUACUCAUCGUUACGUUCCUCCUUUAUUUCUGGUUCUUGUUUAACGUCACUUAUUGUAGGGGCUGGUGUUGAAGCUGAUGAUUGUGGUUGUAUAUCAGUUGGCUGCAAAGCAGCCCAUGCGGUUGCUGCUCCUCGUGCAUAAGCCUCGUAGAAAACUCUUUGAGCAAUUUCAGCUUCCUCAAGAUGUACAAAAGCGUGGUUAUCUAGUUCGGCUCUAAAAAAGAAUUUUAAACCACAUCGGCCACAAUCGUAAGGUCUUGGAGCAGCAGCAUGUUCUGGUAAAUGUCUUUGCAGGCCUGCAGCACUCGUAAACAUCGCGGAGCACAGGUAGCAUGUGAAUGCACCUAUACCAGCAAAUGUGUGUUCAAUUAAGUGAGCUUGUAGACGAGUAGGGGAACCUAAUGUUCUUCGACAUAACCUACAGUCAUGAUCGGUAGUUGUCUGUGGUCUAGGAGCUGCGUGUCUGGCAUAGCAAGUGGAACAUGCUCUUGCACCUUCACCGCUUUCACUCUCGGAUAAAGCUCUAAGACAUAUCGCACAUCUUUGUUCGUCUGCAGACGGCCGUAAAUGGAAACGGGCAUGUAAACGUGCUUCAGCCUCCGAAGCCAAUGUUUGACGACAUAUAACACACGGCGCUGGUAAGGCAGGAUGAUGUCGUGCCAUAUGACUCAAGAACGCUUCUUCUGAAGGCAGACGUGAGCGACAUCGGGCACACGUAUCUCCAGCUACCACCUGGAAUGUGUUAUAAAUAUCUAUAAACUAUAGUGUUUGAAAUCAAAUAAUUUUUAUUUAAAUAUAUGUUAAUUUAGAUAUUAAUUAAUGUCAUGAGUCAAGUCUUAAUUAAAAAUAUUUAUGUA